AUGACAUCUCAUGCUGUCCCCCUGACUCUCCUCACCUCUUCCACCACUCUCACUGGUCCACCACCCACUACCUCUGGUCCCACUGCCUCCACCCCAGUGGGAUUCUCAUCCAUAAUGCCUUCUUCCCUCACCACCACCACAUUCCCUCCAACCAAGCCCAUUUCCUCCCCUAUGAGCCCUGUCACUUCUCCCUUGUUAUCCACUCAUGGAACCACCUCAUAUUUCACAUCUUCCAGUGGGGUCAUUCCAUCCUCCACCACAGAAAGCUUUACCUCUGUCAUGUCCACCUCUCCCCAUGUUUCUCAGUCCUCUACCUCGUCACCAUCUUCCCCUGUCUCCAGAGGCCCAACUAGCUCACUGCCCAGCCUCUCUCCUACUGCUUCCACAGUUGAACCCCCAGCCAGGACAACUCUGAUUUCUCCUGUGCCCUCACCCAGCCUUCACCCCCCAUCCAGCACUGUGUCUGAGACCACUUCCUCUGUGGUUCCCAAUGUCUCCAUGUCUACUGAGUUUCACACAGUCCCUCCCUCUGGCACAGGCUCCCCAGGUCCCACCCUGUCCUCCUCCUCCUCCUCCUCCCUUCCUAGGUCCACUUCUGCUUCAGGUUCUCCCCCUUCCAGCGUUCCCAGCGCCCUCACUGUACUCUCCACCAUUCUCACUACACCUGUGUCCUCCUUCCCACAUUCCUCCCUCACUCCCUCCCCAUCCCAAGGGACAGCUUCCUCACCUCCCUCUCACCCAGCCACCAUGCCCUCCCCAUCUGCUCCCUCUGUCUCCAGCAUGGUUCCACCUUCUCCUGCUUCCAUGACACCUGUGGCUGUGUCUACCCCAAGAACUUCCUUCAGCACCCCAGUUCUAUCCACUGUUUCCACUCCGUUUACCACGUCCCAGUUGACUACGCACACCACUCGAGUCUUCACACCAAGUGUGGUGUCCACCACCCUUGGAUCAACACACUUCUCUUCCCCCACCACAAGCCUGACCUCAGCUUCUGCAGCCCCAUCCACACUUCGGAGCAGCUCCACCCCAGGGCCACACAGCUCACUCUCUUCUGCAGCCAGCAGUGUGACCUCAAGUUCAACUGCAGGUGCCUGCAGUGUGAAAGAGUACGUUGAAGAGAUCACCUUCCAAGGCUGCACGGCCAAUGCUACCCUGACCCGCUGUGAAGGAUACUGCCCCUCCUCCACCAGAAUCAGCACAGACACCAUGAAGCCGGAGACCCACUGUGGCUGCUGCUCCCCACUCACCACCUCCGACAAAGACCUCCUGCUGCCUUGUCCAGACCCGGGGCGGCCAGGAAGGCGGCUCGUGGUGCAAAUCCAAGUGUUCAGCAGCUGUGUGUGUAACCAGCAGCGCUGUGAAGCCUGAGGACGAGCUCUGCAA